AUGAUUGAUGUGCGCUCAAAUCAAGGCCCUACUGUGCGAGCGGGAUGGCUUCGGGUUACGCCCAAGGACACGCAUUUUGAUGAAAUGCGGAAGAGAUUGAGAGAGGACGGAUAUGUUUUUGUGAAGGGUCUCCUUCCAAGGGAUGAGGUACAGAGAGUUCGCGAAGAAUAUUUCACUCUGUACGAACCGACCGGAAUUUUAAAGCCAGGAUCGGCUCUUGAAGACGGAAUAUUCAAUGAGAUGAAUGACCCUCUCGAACAUGGAGGAAUCGGCGCUGGUGACUUACCUCCAACGUCUAAACAGGUACAAGCUAUGAUUGAUGCGCAUUCUCAACCGAAAUACCUCCAGCUCCUAGAACAUCCUCACCUGCGAGAGUUUGUACGAGGCUUGAUGAAGUGGAAUAAAGAGAUUUUGCUCAAGCGAACUAUGAUUCGACACAAUGCGCCACAUGCACUCAGUACCGGAGUCCAUUAUGAUAAACUGUUUCUUCGAAAAGGGGAAGCCGAGUUUCUCACGGCCUGGGUACCUCUUGGAGACAUCCAAGCAAAUGGUGGUGGUCUAAUGUAUUUAUCCGACUCUGUCUCUGUGGGUCGUGCAAUCGAAGAUGACUUCACUCGACGGGCCAAUGUUUUGUCCGAGAAGGAGCGGCUGAGUGCAUUCAACGUACAUAUGGAAAAGUAUGGCCAGCUCUCGCAAGACGCAAGAGAAUUCAGUGAUCUCUAUCAGAAGCCAGAGAAUGAAAGACAGCGACAAUGGCUAGUUGCCCAAUAUGAGGCUGGUGACGUGGUUUUCCAUGACCCGUAUAUUGUACAUGCGAGUUCCAAGAAUGAGGGGCACAACGGGCGCAUUCGUGUUAGCACAGACCUCAGAUUUUACAAAGAGGGCAGCGACAUGGAUGACCGAUGGAUGAAGUUAUGGACGCCUGGAGACGGGCUGUAA